AUGCUACAACUAUUUUUUACAAUAAUUUUUGUACUAAAUUAUGAUUGCGAUCAUUUUUUGCUGCAUUACUUUAUACCAGCAAAAUGUUAUGGACUUGUAGAUAAGACAGGAAAUGCUAAAGAAAAAAAAAAAGUUCGAGAUACAUUUCAAGUAACUUUAAAUGACACAGAAGAAAGUAAUGGUGGUAAACGACGAAAUAUUUUACCUAGCCAAGAUACGAUAUUGAGUACUGCGGUUGCACCACCGGUGUUUUCUUGUGAUGAGACAAAUUCCCUUAAUCAUGAAAUUUAUUGCCAUGGUGAUCUACUACAUGCUGUGUCGUUUAUUGGUAUUUUCAAAGAUCCCAAAACAUUUCUUGAUAGACCACUUAAGAAUGAUCCUGAAGUAGUCCUCAAAGAGUUCCACAAGAAAUUCCCAGAACAAAUUACUAUCAGCGAUGGAGGAGCACUAAGAGAAUUUAUAGAUGAACAUUUUGAUGCUGAAGGAAGCGAUAUUGAAGAAUGUCCCGAAGGUACAAUGCAAGACUGGGAUGACGAACCAGAAUAUCUGAUAGCCAUCGAAGAUGCCGAAUUACGCCAGUUUGCUAUAGAAAUUCAUGGAUUGUGGAAGAAACUGUGCCAUAUUGUCAAACCUGAGGUAAGAAAUGACUCUAAACGUCAUUCAAUUUUAUAUUUGCCACAUGAAUUUAUGAUAGCAGGUGGUCGAUUUCGAGAAUUCCAUUACUGGGAUAAUUAUUGGGUUAUAAAAGGCUUACUUGCUUCAGGUAUGCAUGAUACUGCCAAGCACACUCUUCAAAAUUUUAAAUAUCUUAUCGAAAAUUAUGGCCAUAUUCCUAGCGGUGGAAGAAAUUAUAUGCUACAACGAACACAACCACCAUUUUUCAUCCCAAUGGUUUAUGAAUAUCAUACUGUAACUGAAGAUGACGAAUUCCUGAAUAGUGUUAUUGCUUCUAUGGAGACGGAAUUUGCUUUUUGGAAGAAGCAUAGAACACGAAUUAUUUCAAAAAAUGGCAGAAAUUAUACGAUAUUUCAAUAUAUUUCACCUGUUAAUACACCUCGUGCUGAGGCAUAUCAAUAUGAUUUUCUAGUAGCUGAAAAUGUUCCUGAAUACAAACGUCGACAACUUUGGCGGGAUAUUAACAGUGCUUCUGAAUCCGGAUGGGAUUUUAGUAGUAGAUGGCUUGGCAAUAGCAAAACAAUGGAUACUAUUGAAACAUCAAAUAUUGUACCUGUUGAUUUAAACGCGUUAAUGUGCUGGAAUAUGGAAAUUUUGGCUCAUUUACAUGGAGAAAUUGGUAAUUCAAGUCGUCGUCAUGAAAUCAACCUUGAACGUGCAAAAUUUGUUGAUACAUUUGAAGCAGUUUUUUUUGAUCAUCGAGAAGGUUCCUGGUUUGAUUUUAAUUUGCAUACUGGACAACGAGUGGACGAUUCAUAUCCAUCUAUGGCUGUUCCGCUUUUUGCAGAAUGUUACAGUAGUCUAAACAAUCCAAUGUUAGUCGAAGUGUUAGAAACAUUAAGACGUAAAGGAUUGCUACAGUUUCCGGGUGGUAUACCUGCAAGUUUGAUUCGCAGCUCAAAUCAGCAAUGGGAUUAUCCAAACGGUUUUGCUCCCAUUAAUCAUAUGGUUAUUGAAGGCUUAAGAAAAUCCAAUCAUCCUAUUAUGCAACAAAAAGCUUUUGAAUUAGCAAAUAAAUGGGUGAAUCGAAAUUAUCGAGUAUUUCUAAGUGAUCACAAAUUAUGGCAGAGAUAUGAUGUAGCUAAGGAUUACAUUCGAGCUGUUAAAGGUGGUGAUUACGAUAAUCAGCAUGGUUACGGUUGGACAAAUGGUGCACUGCUGGAUCUUAUGGUAACAUACAGCAAACGGAUUAGUGCAUUAGAUAAAACUUCUACUAAUGAAGUAGUAGAAAUUAUCGAUGCGGAUCCUACUGAAAUAUUAGUAAAAAAGUUGGAAAAUGUAUUCGGUUCCUGGUCUUCUGUGAAGAAACGAUUUAUGCGUACAGCUGCUUACAUUCUUAAAUGUAAUUGA